AUGCACUGUCUGUCUUAUUACAUAGUUCUGUCUGCCGUGGCUAUUCAUUCCAAAAAGGAUGUUGGAGGACACGGCACUUUCCCGUGUUCAUUCUCAUGGGCUUCAACCAACAACAAGUACUUCUGUAAGGAGACGUGUUCUGGUGAAGAUAUUCUGGUUGAAACUAAAGGGAGCAGGAAUGUAACUCAAGGUAGAUACAGUAUAGACGACGAUGGAAAUGGACAUGUCACUGUGACCAUCAAGGACCUGAAGAAGUCAGACUCUGGGACAUACUGGUGUGGAGUGGAGAGAUUUGGCCCAGACUCAUACCAAGAGGUGCAUCUGACAGUUACUGAUGACUCUCCUGGAACAGGACAGACUCUGAUGGUGUGGACCCGUGUUGGUGUCGUAGUCAUGGUGACGGUCAUGGGACUGGUCCUGACUCUGUUCUGUAUAAAGAGAAGAGGAAGCAGGAGACAAACAUCUCCACAGCUGGUCUACAAAAACACCAAGACUGCCCCUAGUGGAGAGGAGAGAGGAAACAAGCAACCAAAACCUCCACAACCAGUCUACUACAACACCAACACUGCCCCUAGUGGAGAGGAGAGAGGAAACAAGCAACCAAAACCUCCACAACCAGUCUACUACAACACCAACACUGCCCCUAGUGGAGAGGAGAAGGUUGACAGGUUGUAUGAGAACACCAGAAAGCCCAGGAAAAAGAGAUACGUUGCCCCGGUGAUCCCAAUCAACUCACCUAACGCCUCAACCAACCCUGCUGACCACGCCCCUACAACCAACCAUGCUGACCACGCCCCUACAACCAACCUUGCUGACCACGCCCCUACAACCAACCUUGCUGACCACACCUCUACAACCUACCCUGCUGGUCAAGUCACAAGGGCAGUAAUGAAUGGAAUGUUGGCUGAGUAA